UUUCAAACGGAACUUGGAAGAAACUCUCUAAACCCAAACCCUUCCAUCAUCUUAACACCCAUUCUCACUAAGAAGCAGAAACAAUGGCCGCAAAAAGGGAACUUUCUCAAAAGCCCAUCCUCAGAACUCUCACAACUUUAGAACUCUGAGUUUUCGGGGUCGUCUCUUCUUCUUCUCCUAAAAAAACCCAGCAAUUUUAAUGGCAACGUCAUCUCUUUUUGUACUCAGAUUAUCUCUAAUUCCCUCUCCUAAUCACUUUUUUCCACCUUCAAACCUUCACAAAAUCUUUCAACUUUCUUCACCAUUUCUCACCUUUCGUACCUCUACUUUCGGCUUCAAGCGCCUAAUUCCACUGGCAGCAGCAUCAGCUUCGUUUAGUGCUGGAAGUGGUUGUCUUGGAACUCUUCAAAUUCAAGAAGCCUACAGAUGCCCCAACAAGGAACCAGUUUCAUCAGAUUCUAUAUCCGAUUCUUUCCUUUCUGAGAAAAUCUUACUGGGUUUAAAGCAAGGUAACCUGAUCUCCGUGCAUAACUAUAUAUAUCGAAUAAACCCAUUAGUUGUAGUCGAGGUUCUUAGCUGCUGUGAAAAUUUGCAACUGAGUGUGAAGUUUGUUGAUUUAAUUUUGUUGAAUUGUCCGCACAUUAGGCAUUCUUCACAGUCCUUGAGUGUGAUGAUUCAUGUUUUGGUGCGUGGUCGGAGGUUAUCAGAAGCACAAGUUUUGGUACUUAGAAUGGUGAGGAGGAGUGGCAUUUCGAGAUUCGAUGUUGUUGAGUCUUUGGUCUCAACGUAUCAUAGCGGUUGUGGCUCGAACACUUUGGUGUUUGAUUUGUUGGUUAGGACUUAUGUGCAAGCUAAGAAGUUAAGAGAAGGGUCUGAGGUGUUUCAAAUGUUGAGAAGCAAAGGAUUUAGUGUUUCGAUAAAUGCUUGUAAUAGUCUUCUUGGAGGGCUUGUGAAGGUUGGGUGGGUUGAUUUGGCUUGGGAAGUAUAUUGGGAAGUUGUUAGAAGUGGGAUUGAUUUGAAUGUUUAUACACUUAACAUCAUGGUCAAUGCGCUGUGUAAAGAUGGCAAAGUCGAUCGUGUCAAGUUGUUCUUAUCGGACAUGGAAGAGAAAGGAAUUUUUCCGGAUAUCGUGACCUACAAUACAUUGAUCAAUGCCUAUUGUCGCCAAGGGCUUUUGGAAGAAGCUUUUCGUUUAGUAAACUUAAUGUCGUGUAAGGGGCUAAGACCUGGACUGUUUACUUACAAUACUAUAAUAAAUGGAUUGUGUAAGGCAGGAAAUUGCGCAAGAGCAAAGGAAGUCUUGGAUGAGAUGUUGUGGCUUGGGUUGAAUCCUGAUACUACUACAUACAAUGCAUUGCUUUCUGAGAGUUGUAGAACAAAUAAUAUUGUAGAGGCUGAGGCGAUUUUCCGUGAAAUGUCAAGUAGAGGUGUUUAUCAUGAUCUGAUUAGCUUUAGUGCGCUGAUUGGCAUGUUCGCAAGGAAUGGACAUGUUGACCGGGCUUGGUAUUUUAAAAGUCUGAAAAGGGAAGGAUUGGUUCCAGACAAUGUGGUCUAUACCAUCCUUAUAGAUGGAUAUUGUAAAAAGGGUAUGAUGUCAGAGGCAUUAAAGAUGAGGGAUGAAAUGCUAGAGCAAGGUUGUGUUGUGGAUGUGGUUACAUACAACAGUAUUAUGAAUGGAUUGUGUAGAGACAUGAUGCUUGCUGAUGCAGACAUGCUGUUUAAUGAGAUGGUGGAAAGGGGUGUUGUUCCUGAUUUUUAUACUUUCACACUCAUUCACGGAUAUUGUAAGAAUGGGAAGAUGAGUAGAGCACUCGAUUUAUUCCGGACAAUGAUUGAAAGAAAUCUCAAGCCUGAUGUUGUGACAUACAAUACGUUGAUUGAUGGGUUUUGCAAAGCAGGUGAAAUAGAGAAAGCUAAGGAGUUAUGGGGAGAUAUGAUCUCUAGAAAUAUAUUUCCUAAUCACGUUUCAUAUUGCAUUCUAAUAAAUGGGUGCUGUAGCAUGGGACAUGUAUCCGAGGCAUUCAGAUUGUGGGACCAGAUGGUGGAAGGUGGCAUAAAUCCUACUCUUGUGACUUGUAACACGGUCAUAAAGGGUUACUGCCGAUCUGGCGAUGCUGCAAAGGCAGAUGAAUUCUUGGGCAAAAUGAUUUCUCGAGGAGUUGUUCCUGACAGCAUUACAUACAACACUUUGAUCAACGGAUUUAUUGGAGAAGAUAAUCUGGACAAAGCUUUUGUUUGCAUUAGUAACAUGGAAGAUCGAGGGUUGGUGCCGGAUGUUAUUACUUACAAUGUAAUUCUAAAUGGGUUCUCUAAACAGGGUAGAAUGCAAGAGGCCGAGCUAGUACUUCGGAGGAUGAUUAAAAGAGGUGUAAAUCCUGAUAGAUCUACUUAUACAUCAUUGAUAAAUGGACAUGUAUCCCAGGACAACUUGAAGGAAGCAUUUCGUUUCCAUGAUGAAAUGCUGCAAAGGGGGUUUAUACCGGAUGAUAAAUUUUAACUUUCUGCUUUUGUGGCUGAAGGAAUUUUGAAGAAAAUGCUGCAGCAUUCUGUUACAGCAAAAUUAGCAGCUGUCAGGUUUGUGGAUGACAUCAGCACAUGUCAUUGUGAGGAAAAAUAUGAAAGUACAUAAGGAAGAAUGCUGUGCACAUGUCAUCGCUGCCCAAACCACUCACAAAGUGAAACCUCGGCGUCCUUUUUUGGUGCCCUAGAGAAGAGUACAUGACAGCCUUAAGAAAAGCGCCGCUAAGAGGAAGAAAGAGGCGGGGUACCCAGAGAAAAAGGGUUGGAAGCUCCCAACCCAGAGAGCUCUGCAUAGAGCCCAAAACCAAAGAAAAGAAGAGAGGAAAUAAGGCUUUUUCAAGCCAAAUUAAGAAAAAAAGAGAAAAAGAUCCGGACAGAAAGAGGGAGGCAAGAACCAGACGAGAGAACCGAAAAAAAGCAAGAACCAGAAAGGGAAAUAGAAGGAGGAAAGUACCAGAGAAGAAGAGAAGCAGAGAGCUGCUUGAAGGCUACCCGGAGAAAGAGGAGGAA